AUGAUCUUGUAUUACUUUCCCGUGUAUCUCAUCGCCACGAGCAACAUCCGUGGCUUCUACAUGUAUGGCACUGCCCCCUCGGACAACAGCCUGGUGUGCCUGGGUACAAGUCUCAGCCCAUCCGCCGUGGCCGAUUUCGCGGACACGCAGCGCAUCAAUCAGACUCGUGCGGUGAUGGGGAUCCUGAUCCAGCAUGGGCUCCAGCUCGCAAUCAUCGUCUUUGUGAUCUGUGUGUACAUCGGGGACCAGUUUCAAUACCUGGGCAUUGGCGUCCUUUUCGCGGCAGGACGAAUAGGCUUCUUCCUGGCCGACAUCGUCAUGCGCCCCUGGGUGGUCCCUGAUCCGCUCUGCAAGGCCUAUGCCUACACUUUCGCUCCGAAGAUGAUUGGGUUUUCGGUCGGGGGCUUCUUCGCUUUCACGGCGGCGUAUUGUGCUUUGCGACACCAAACCAAUGUGUGGGUAGGCCUCGCAAUGCCGGCCAUCCUGUCAUGCUACAAGAUGAUCAGCGUCGCAGUCGUCAACAACGCGUUCACGCGAGGCUACGUCACCAAGAAAGCCACAAGGCAAGCCUAUGCACACUCUGCACAAGGCGACUUAGCCUCUGCGGCCAUUGCUGGGGUCCAGGCUCAUGGCGAAGCAGCGCGGAUGGUCUGGAUCCUCUAUGGGGUGGUGAACGAGGACAGCGACAGCUACUGGGAGUACGUAGUCCCCGUGGUGGCCGGCACGAUCUGGAACAUCGUGGCCCGUACUGGCGUGAUGGAUAGGCUCUGGGAUGUUUUGACGUGCGGAUGGCUCGCCCCCUCACGAAGCAGGGUGCUCCUCCACGACUCGAAGAGUUGUAUGAGCUACCCGAGGUUUUUCACAAUCGGUGCGAUCUUUUGCGCUCGCUUCUGCGCCCUCGGCGAGGUGUUGCCGGGCUCCCAGACCAGUCUCGGAUUGGCGCUGCUCGCCAUGCUCCUCGCGGAGCUCCUGGAAGACCUCUUCUGCCAUCUCCUUCGGUGCACAGGUCUACGUCUGGGACAGCGUCGCAGACAUAUGUUCGCAGAGGAUUUUGAGGCAGGAAGAAUAUCGUCUGUCGUGCCCUCCGACGAGGUGACUCGGGCUACUUCCGUCAAGGAGGAGUAUGAUCGUAUUCUAGCGGCCUACGACUUCUCUUACCAGCUUGGGACGACCUAUGAUGCCCUACCUUUUUGGCUGCACUUCGCGAUAAUUGCUGCAGUGCAGCUGCAUACCAUCUUGGCUUUCGUCUUCUUCGUCAAUGGGCUGAACUACAUGUUGGGCCUGUGUGCGACACCUCAAUACUACGGGCAGGGGCAUGCGCGACUAUGGUGGCCCAUCACCGAUACAAACGACUUCUGCGCUGCUGGCUAG